UGAAAAACGUAAACAGACGACGAAUGUGGAAGCAGGUGUAGCGACAAUGGAGGGGUAUGGUAGCUGCUUGUCAUUAUCCUCCCCUAUAUUUACUACCUAAUUAUUCCAUACUGAUGCAUUGCAUCUUCUCUUCUGCUUCACCAUCUUUCCCACAUUCUUCAUGUGAGAGAGAUUUCUGUUUGAGAAGAUGAUGAUGCACAGAAUCCUCUCAAGGGCACUCUCCCGCAAUAACGCCCGCCUCGCCACCGCCUCUAAAUCCACGCUCUCUCAAACCGCUCCAGAUAAUGAACCCCCUCUUCCCAAAAUGCCUCCCUUAGACUACGCCCCCCCGCCCUACACCGGCCCCUCCGCCGACGAGAUCCUCGCCAAGCGCCGCCAGUUCCUCAACCCCGCCAUCUUCCAUUUCUUCACCAAACCCUUGUGUUUGGUUGACGGGAAGAUGCAGUAUCUGUUCGACGAUAAGGGGCGGAGAUAUCUAGACGCGUUCGGCGGGAUCGCCACCGUGGGGUGCGGCCACAGCCACCCGGAGGUGGUGGAGGCCGUCGUGAAUCAGAUGAAGCGUCUCCAGCAUUCGACCAUCCUGUAUCUGAAUCCCGCGAUCGCCGAUUUCGCCGAGGCGCUCGCUUCCAAGUUUCCCGGUGAUCUCAAGGUGGUGUUCUUCACGAAUUCGGGGACGGAGGCGAAUGAGCUGGCCUUGAUGAUGGCGCGGCUGUACACUGGCUGCCAAGAUGUGAUCUCGAUUAGGAAUGGAUAUCAUGGUAAUGCAGCUGGCACAAUGGGCGCCACUGCUCAAGGAAGCUACAAAUUUAACGUUGUGCAGACUGGAGUGCACCAUGCGCUGAAUCCGGACCAGUACAGAGGUGUCUUUGGGUCCGACGGAUUGAAGUAUGCAAGAGAUGUUGAUGAUAUAGUUACUUAUGGGACAUCUGGUCGUGUUGGUGCCUUCAUUGCUGAAGCCAUACAGGGAGUUGGUGGGAUUAUGGAGUUGGCUCCAGGAUAUCUGCCUGCUGUAUAUAACACCAUAAGAAAGGCAGGGGGCCUUUGCAUAGCUGAUGAGGUCCAAUCAGGUUUUGCUCGUACCGGGAGCCAUUUUUGGGGUUUUGAGGCCCAUGGAGUUGUGCCUGAUAUAGUAACCAUGGCUAAGGGCAUUGGAAAUGGAAUACCUCUUGGUGCGGUGAUUACUACACCUGAGAUUGCAAAGGUCUUGACUUAUCGAAGCUAUUUCAACACGUUUGGUGGCAAUCCCGUCUGUACUGCUGCUGGUCAUGCAGUUCUCAAAGUGAUAGAGAAAGAACAGCUUCAGCAGAAUGCUCUCACUGUUGGAUCAUAUUUGAAGGAUCGCCUUAAUUCUUUGAAGGAUAAAUACGAGAUUAUCGGUGAUGUCAGGGGAAGAGGUAUGAUGCUCGGGAUUGAACUUGUAACGGAUCGCCAGCUGAAAACCCCUGCCAAGGAUGAGACUCUUUAUGUAAUGGAACAGAUGAAAGACAUGGGAGUUCUGAUAGGGAAAGGAGGGUUCUUCGGGAAUGUAUUCAGGAUCACCCCGCCCCUCUGCUUCACCAAGGAGGAUGCUGGUUCGUCUCUGCAUAUCAGCUGCACACACACACACACGUCAUUUCCUUGAUAAUUUACCUGAUCAUAGGGCCGUUGAUUUCUUAUGUUGACGCAGAUUUCCUUGUGGACGUGAUGGACUAUUCGUUGUCCAAGGUGUAGAGUUGGGGUAAGUGAAGUGGAAUGAAGGAUUUUCGGAGAAUGAAAGGUGGUGGUGUUGUGUAUAUGUGUGGCGUGGAAAUAAAGCAUUACGGAGAUGCUGAGACAUCACCUCGUUGUCUCUGGUCUCCGCCGUCGUCUACCAUCAUCAUUCUACAUGGGAAGUAUAAGCUUCUGUGCUAUUUAUUGGCACAUUGUUUUUGUUGUAGUCCUUUUUGUAUGGAAAUUGUUUCAGCUGUGAUGAAAUCUUAGUACUCUUGUCUUA